GUGAUUUUUAACCGUAAAAGAGUAGGGGACGUGCAGUAUUUAACAGUAGAAACCUACGGGAGGAACUACGAUACACUUAAUCAAGAAAGUUUUACAGAGGCACUCACUGAAGUUGAAAAGAAUAUAUAUAAAAAUCAUAGGCGUGUUGUAACUGGAGGUAAAGGCUCAAAACCUGUUCCAAUUUUAUUUUCAAUCCAGACGCAAAAAUACAUUAGCCUUUUACUAAAAGUCAGACAAGAAACCAAUGUUGUACCAGAAACCAAUCCAUAUCUUUUUGCAAAUCCUGAUUCCGAAGAUCGCUGGAUGUCUGGCGCAAACACAAUUAGAAAGAUAGCUAUUAAUUGUGGAGCCAAACAUCCAGAAAUAUUGACAUCAACUAGAUUUAGGAAACAAAUUGCCACGACUCUGCAAUUAUUAGCCCUCGAUGAUGACGAAAUGGAACAAAUCGCCACUUUUAUGGGACAUACAAAGAAGACACAUACCGAGUUUAACAGACUACCGCAAGAUAUCUACCAGACUGCUAAAGUAGCCAAGAUUCUUUUACUUAUGGAAAAAGGCAAGGGAAAUCGGUACCGAGGAAAAAAAUUAAGUGAAAUCAAUAUAGAUGAUAACGAAUACUAUAGCUCUGAAUACGAAGGCGAUGAAGAACCGAUUAUGCAGAAGAUGCUAAAGCGGGUUACAAGGGGAAAAAACCUGAAGACGAAUUAGAUACUGGAGAUUCUGACAGAUAUGUGCAUCAGUCAACGGAACGUGAUCAACAUAAUGAAAACACAUUAUCAAGAAAUUAUUUUAAAAAGGCGACUAGGCCGUUUCACGAAUCUAACGAAGAAAAUAGUGAAGAACCACCAACAAAAAAAACUAAAGAAUCAUCCACGAAAUCCAUCCAGAGAUUCAGAGCCAAAUGGUCAGAUAAUGAAAAACAAGUUUUACUUCAGUACUUUGAAAAACAUAUUGAAAAAAAAUUACCCCUCGGAAACAUGAAUGUGACGAACUACUGAAACUACAUCCACACGUGUUCGAAAAUAAGGACUGGGUCCGAAUAAAAACAUAUUAUGUGUAUAAUAGGUACAUUCCGUGAAAGGAAGUGAUUGCUUAUUUUUAUUUUUACUGAACCACCUACUCGUAAUAGAUUAUUUUUAGUUCCAAUAAAUUACUUUUAAAUAAUAUAUAUUUUAUUUUCAAAAAUGUUUAAACCUAAACAAAUCCGAUUUUUGUACGAAAAGAUCAUUUUUAAAUAUGAUCAGGUACGCAAUAUAAAAUAGUGAAAGUUGAGAAAUCUGACAACCCUGUCGGGCUUCAUAUAGUCUGGUAAAUAUAAACAUUUUAUACAAUUGGCUUCGUAUUACCUUCAAAUGUUUGGGCUUCGAAAGACCUAAACCAUAUAUCUACUAUUUGUG